CUUUGAUAAAACUCCUUGAUAUGAAAAGCAAAGUACAAUGAAAGUACUUUGUGUUGCCGAAAAGCCUUCAAUUGCAAAAGAAGUAUCGAAAAUAUUAUCAGGAGGCUCCUUUUCGGUGAGGAACAGUAAUAAUAAGUACAUCAAAUAUUUUGAUUUCAAGUAUAAUUUUCCACAAUUAGGACUAUGUGAUGUUACAAUGACUGCGGUGUUGGGCCAUGUUACUAACUUUGAUUUCGGUCCUCAAUUUGGCUGGAACUCGUGUCCCCCAGGAAGAUUGUUUGCGGCACCAAUUAGCACUAUGGUAAGUCAUCAAGAUGUUUAUAAAAAUCUUUCUAUUGAAGGAAGAAACGCGUCAAAAUUGAUGAUCUGGACCGAUUGUGAUCGAGAAGGAGAAUAUAUUGGAUUCGAGAUAUUAGAAACUGCUAGAAAAAACAAUAGUAGACUCACCCUCGAGAAUACCUGGCGGGCCCAGUUUUCACAUUUGGAAAAGAACCAUAUUUUGCAAGCAUCUCGCAAUCCCAUUCAAUUGGAUAUUAACUCGGUGAGGGCUGUGGAAUGUCGUAUGGAGGUUGAUUUGAGAUGUGGGAUAAGUUUCACAAGAUUCUUGACUGAUCUAUAUAAGGGUCAAAGUUUAAUUGGUGAAAAAGAGGUGAUAUCUUAUGGUACUUGUCAGUUUCCUACCCUUGGAUUCGUUGUUGAUCGUUAUAUUAGAGUUAAAAAUUUUGUGCCGGAGCCGUUUUGGUACAUAAUUGUUGAUAUAAAGAAAAACGACCAAAAGGUUGGGUUUCUGUGGGUGAAAGGUCAUUUCUUCGAUAGAGCCUACGUAACCUUAUUAUACCAAAAAGCCCUUAAAUCACCGAAUGGAAAAAUCGUGAGUUUAACCAAGAGACCUACUAGUAAUUGGAGACCCCUACCAUUAACCACUGUUGAUUUACAAAAAGACGCAUCAAGAAUCUUUAAAAUGAGUGCUAAAAGAGCUUUGGACGCAGCUGAAAAAUUAUAUAAUAAAGGUUUCGUAUCAUAUCCUAGAACUGAAACUGAUCGUUUCCCUGCGGCAAUGAAUCUAAAAGAUGUCAUUGAAAGACAAACCUCCAGUAAUAAAUGGGGAUCUUAUGCAAAAGAACUACUAGAACUGAAAUUCAGAUCCCCCAGGUCAGGGUCUCAUGAUGAUAAAGCGCAUCCUCCAAUCCAUCCAGUUAAAUACGCUGAAUUAACACAAUUGAAUGGCGAUGAGAAAACUAUUUAUGAAUAUAUUGUUAGAAGGUUUUUAGCCUGCUGUUCCGAUGAUGCUAAAGGUGAACAAACAACUGCAACUUUGAAAUGGGGGGACGAGCUUUUCACAGCUAAUGGCUUAAUGGUUUUAGCCAGAAACUAUUUGGAUAUUUACAUUUAUAAUAAAUGGGAAUCAUCAAAACAGUUACCUCCUUUAGAACAAGGAGAAGAAGUAAAUAUAACCAACGCUAAAAUGAAGGAUGGGAAAACUUCACCGCCGCUGCACAUGACUGAAUCCGAAUUAAUUGCAUUAAUGGAUGCAAAUGGAAUUGGAACCGAUGCAACCAUUGCUGAGCACAUUGAGAAAAUUCACAGUAGAAAUUAUGUUACUAAAAUUAAACAAGGUAAUGUUGAAUAUAUAUUACCAACGGAUUUAGGAAUGGGUUUAAUAGCAGGAUUUGACGAAAUGGAUUUCGUUGAUAACAUAUCGCUAUCGAAACCAUUCUUAAGAAAAAAUUUAGAAAUCGGUUUACAGGAAAUUGUCGAAGGCCGUAAAACCAGGCAACAAGUUGCAAGUGAAAUGGUGGAACUUUACAAAAAUGCCUUUGUAUUGUGCAAUCAAAAUUCCGGCAAUUUGGUUCAAAAGUAUUUAGAGAUACGCAAUAGAAACGUACAAUAGAAGUAGUUGGGACCUGACAAUGUAAACGGAACUUAUCAGGUGAGUAUGUAUUUAAUAGA